UCGCCAGGUGCCGCGGCUUGCUCCGAAAAGGGGAAAUCUUGGCGCGGGGUUUGGUCCUCAGUCCUCACUCCUCAGUAGGCCUCUCGAAUCUUCCCCGCAUCAAAUCGCCGCCGUCGCCGCCGGUGACCUGCCGGAGUGCCACCGCCGAGAUCUGACCCGAAAUGGCGGACGAACCUUCAGAUGCGUGCUCGCGCACGGAUGGAGAUGGUGUCAAGGCCGGCAGGAACAACAAAAGAAAGUCUUCUCGGGCAUGUUCAUACCCAAAUAAGAAAGAUGGGCUCGUACUAAGAAUUGCAAGGGAGCGCUAUGUGAUUAGUGUCUUUGCUUUAGUUGUUCUCUUGCUCAUAGAUAUCUUUACCAAAGAUGAUGAAAAAGAAAGCGACGAGGAAGGGAUUAUUAUCGAAAUUAUUCAAACUGUUUCAAAGAUCAAACAAGAUGGAGAUGAAGUUGAAGAAGGGGAGGUAGAGGGAGAAGACGGGGAAGAAGAGGAGGAGGAAGGUGACGAUGAGGGUGAAGAGGAAGAAGAUGAUGAUGAAGCACAUGCUGAGCUGCUUGAGGUUACUGUGGAUUGCUUUUUAGCAGCAAAAGCAUGGGCGGAGCGAAAGCUUGGCCCAGGGAAUGCAAACAUUGAACACAUUCUUGGUAUGCUUCGAUUCUUACCGGGUUAUGAAGAAGCAGUAAGGGCAAGACAGGAAGCCAUAAAGGCAGAAUGAUGCCUCGAGUUCUUGUCAGAUAUUUGGUUAUAAUUAUAGCAAGUUCAUGUUGCUGAUGGCAGUUCCAACUUCCAACCAUAUCCAUUGGGUCUGUGGACCGAAUGGAUGCUCCUUCAGACUGAGAAGUGAAGCGGCAGAUUAGCUCUGCGGGAUUUCAAAGUUCCAUGAAUUAUGUCGCUUUAACUCAUUGAGUUUAAGAAUUAUAUUAUAUGAACUUGGUAGCAAUCGGGUAGUA